AUGUCUGUUCGAUACAGCUCCAGCAGCAAGCAGUACUCUUCCAGCCGCAGUGGAGGAGGAGGAGGUGGUGGUGGAUCAUCUGUCAGAGUUUCCAGCUCCAAAAGCUCCCUUGGUGGAGGGUUUGGCUCAGGGGGGUUCAGUGGUGGCUCUUUUAGCCGUGGGAGCUCUGGUGGAGGUUGCUUUGGGGGCUCAUCAGGUGGCUAUGGAGGCUAUGGAGGCAGCUUUGGGGGUGGCUAUGGAGGAAGCGGCUUUGGGGGAGGCUUUGGAGGAGGCAGCUAUGGAGGAGGCAGCUUUGGAGGAGGCAACUUUGGAGGUGGCAGCUUCGGUGGUGGUAGCUUCGGCGGAGGUAGCUAUGGAGGAGGCUUUGGUGGUGGAUUUGGAGGAGAUGGUGGUGGCCUUCUCUCUGGAAAUGAAAAGGUGACCAUGCAGAACCUGAACGACCGCCUGGCUUCCUACAUGGACAAAGUCCGGGCUCUGGAAGAGUCCAACUACGAGUUGGAGGGUAAAAUCAAGGAGUGGUAUGAGAAGCAUGGUAACUCAAGCCAGCGGGAGCCCCGGGACUACAGCAAAUACUACAAGACCAUCGACGAUCUUAAAGAGAAGAUCCUCAACCUGACAACUGACAAUGCCAAUGUCCUGCUGCAGAUUGACAAUGCCAGACUGGCAGCUGAUGACUUCAGGCUGAAAUACGAGAAUGAGGUAGCCCUGCGCCAGAGCGUGGAGGCCGACACCAACGGCCUGCGCCGGGUGCUGGAUGAGCUGACCCUGGCUAAGACUGACCUGGAGAUGCAGAUAGAGAGCCUAAAUGAAGAACUGGCUUACCUGAAGAAGAACCACGAAGAGGAAAUGAGAGACCUUCAAAAUGUGUCUACUGGUGAUGUGAAUGUGGAAAUGAACGCUGCCCCAGGGGUUGACCUGACUCAGCUGCUGAACAACAUGAGAAACCAAUACGAACAACUUGCAGAAAAGAAUCGCAAGGACGCAGAAGCCUGGUUCAAUGAGAAGAGCAAGGAACUCACCACAGAAAUUGACAGCAACAUUGAACAAAUGUCCAGCCAUAAGAGUGAAAUCACUGAAUUGAGACGUACUGUUCAGGGUCUGGAGAUCGAACUGCAGUCCCAGCUAGCCCUGAAACAAUCGCUGGAAGCCUCCUUGCAAGAAACAGAAGGUCGCUACUGCGUGCAGCUCUCCCAGAUUCAAAGCCAGAUCUCCGCCCUGGAGGAACAGCUGCAACAGAUUCGGGCUGAGACCGAGUGCCAGAACGCCGAGUACCAACAACUUCUAGACAUUAAGACCCGACUGGAGAACGAGAUCCAGACCUACCGCAGCCUGCUAGAAGGAGAGGGAAGUUCCGGAGGCGGGCGCGGCGGCGGCAGCCACGGCGGUAGCUACGGUGGCGGAAGCUCUGGUGGCGGCAGCUACGGUGGCGGAAGUUCCGGCGGCGGUAGCCACGGAGGCAGCGGCAGCUACGGCGGCGGAAGCUCUGGUGGCGGAAGCUACGGCGGUGGAAGUUCCGGCGGCGGCGGCGGCAGCUACGGCGGCGGAAGCUCCGGCGGCGGCCACGGAGGCAGUGGCAGCUACGGCGGCGGAAGUUCCAGUGGAGGCCAGAGCGGAAGUGGAGGUUUCAAGAGUUCUUCCGGAGGGUCCGGUGGCGGUGACCAAUCGUCUAAAGGCCCAAGGUCAGCAGAAAACAGCUUGGAUACUAACAAAACCAGAGUGAUCAAGACGAUUAUUGAGGAGGUGACACCUGAGGGUAGAGUCCUUUCGUCUAUGAUUGAAUCAGAAACCAAGAAACACUUCUAUUAAGCUGCAUAGAAGAGUCUUCACACAGGCCACUGCACAGACGUGUGGAAAACACUUCUGUCUUAAUGGUCUAUAGAAAUAAGUUAACUCCUUGGAAUUAAGGGUCUAAAAGGUGUUUUGUGGUUUCUGUAUUUCUUCUUUUCAUUUAUCAGAAAGUGUUCUUUUGUGGAGAAAAAAAGGAAGAAAACUUUCUCAUUUACUAAUUAAUUUCUCAUUUACUAAUGAAUUUCAAUAAACUUUCUUACUGAUGCAAACUA